AUGCUGUACGCCGUGACACUGGCUUUAGUCCUACACCAACGCUCCCCACAUUCUCCAUUGCCGAAUUGUGGCCCCCCGCAAAACCCUCGUCUGCAACAUCCCCAGAAAACCUGCCGGCAUCGAAACACGGCACCCUCCCGGUCCAUAAAGGCCAACCAAAGCGCCAAUGAGGAUCCCAAAAAGCCUGAUGGGCGUCAAGGAAGGCUCGGAAUGGAGAAUACGCUAGCACGCGGAGUAGCUUUUCUGGUUGAACACGGCGAUGAGGCAGCGAGUCCCAUUUGGUUGCUGGAUUCCGAUUCCGAUUCCGAUUCCGAUUCCGAUUUGGUUCCGAUUGAAUCCCGAUUGGAUCCUGCAUAA